AUGGCACACGUAUUUUUCUUCUUGGAUCCUAGAGAAGCAACUGUCAGGGAAGACAGAGUCCAUCUCCGGACCCCUUCCCCCAGGCCCCAGUACUUCCAGCAAAACCUUUUCCUAGAACUUAAUCCCGUGUGUUUCCUCCCGGCCACAAAUCCCUAUGGCUUGUCCUGGUGGGGAAUCUUCCCAUGGAGGAGAGAAGGGCUGACUGCUUUCGUUUACAUCUUUCCCAGGCACGGCGCCGUCAAGGCUGAUGAGGCCGCUGCCACGGCUCCCUUCCACCUUGACCUCUGGUUCUACUUCACCCUGCAGAACUGGGUUCUGGACUUUGGCCGCCCCAUAGCCAUGCUGGUGUUCCCUCUUGAGUGGUUUCCGCUCAACAAGCCCAGCGUGGGGGACUACUUCCACAUGGCCUACAACAUCAUCACGCCCUUCCUCCUGCUCAAGCUCAUCGAGCGGUGCCCCCGCACCUUGCCACGCUCCCUGAUCUACGUCAGCAUCAUCACCUUCAUCAUGGGGGCCAGCAUCCACCUGGUGGGCGACUCAGUGAACCACCGCCUGAUCUUCAGUGGCUACCAGAACCACCUGUCGGUCCGUGAGAACCCCAUCAUCAAGAAUCUCAAACCAGAGACGCUGAUCGACUCCUUUGAGCUGCUCUACUACUACGAUGAGUACCUGGGCCACUCCAUGUGGUACGUCCCCUUCUUCCUCAUCCUCUUCAUGUACUUCAGCGGCUGCUUCACUCCCACCGAAGCCGAGAGCUCAAUGCCAGGGGCGGCCCUGCUCCUGGUGGUGCCCAGCGGCCUGUACUACUGGUACCUGGUCACCGAGGGCCAGAUCUUCAUCCUCUUCAUCUUCACCUCCUUCGCCAUGCUGGCCCUCGUCCUGCACCAGAAGCGCAAGCGCCUCUUCCUAGACAGCAAUGGCCUCUUCCUCUUCUCCUCCUUCGCCCUCACCCUCCUGCUCGUGGCGCUCUGGGUCGCCUGGCUGUGGAAUGACCCCGUACUCAGGAAGAAGUACCCGGGCGUCAUCUAUGUCCCCGAGCCCUGGGCCUUCUACACCCUGCACGUCAGCAGCCGACACUGAGUCCUGAGCAGCGGCCCCUGGUGCUCUGUGGGUGGGAGGUGGAUGGUUGAGCGUGAGCGUGGGGAGUGUGCGCACCCACUGGGGAUGGACAGCGAAGGAGUCUGAGUGUGUGUGUGCGUGCGUGCACCCACAUGUGUGUAGCCUGCAGCUCAGAGCGUGGGUGAGUAUGCCUGGUGCCUGUGGACAGGGGUGUGUGUGUCUGUGUGUGUGUGUCUGUGUGUGUGUGUGCGCAUACGGAGAGCAUCGCUGUGAGGCUGAGUUGUUUUGGUUAAGUUUCCAUUCGAUUUUCAUGAUGGGACAUAGUCUGAGGCAGUGUGUCCAGACCAGGAGCUGGGCCCGGCCUUCUCUCUCACUGCUCAGGGCCGUCUCUCCCUGGGCGUCUUCUGGUGGCCGCAGGGGAGAGGCCUGGGUGGGGCAGAGGUCAGGAGGGAACUUGGCCUGUCACCUACCACCUGGCUGACUCCUCAGCGCCCCUGACCCUGAGGGCAGGUCGCAGGCGUUCCGUGAACUUGCUGUGUAACCAUUUGCAAUGCACCCCCUUCCCUGGGCCACGGUUGCAGCAGACGGGCCGACGGGUCCCCAGUCGGCUGUGGGCUGGUUGCCGUCUCCUCUCAGGGCAGCCUUGGGAGGGGUGGAUGGUUCCUCCUUGUCCCUGCCUUCUUCAACGCUGGGAGGGGUAUGUGCACCCCAGAUCCUCACCCCGCCGCAGGCUGCAUGGGGUGGGGAGCCAGAGCCAGCCCUCCCCCAACCGCCGGCCUGAUCCUGGGGUCUGGCUGUGGUCGUUCCCGGCCGCCUUCCUCUCCCGGGAACUCGGUCUGUGUCCUGCCUUCAGGAUCGUGGCACCCGCUUGGUUCACCUGACCUAGGUUUCUGAGCGGCCGCUGAAGGCAGAGUUCUCCGGUACUUGCACUCACUAAGGCGGACAUCGUGGGGCUCUUGUCAGCGUGUCUCAGCCUGAAUCCACACCUGCCGCCCGCGGCCCUGCUCCCACGAGAGGGGGCCUUGUUCUGGCAAGACGCCCCCUCCCCAGCACCAGGGCCAGGUCUCCUCCCGCGACUGCAGGCAUGCAGCCUCACUUCCCAGCAUUGCUGGCCUGCAUGCGUGCGAGGGGCUCCGGGGGGCCUGCCUUGCCUCCCCUGCCCUCCCCGCCAAUCCUGUGCUCUCAGGGACUCUGCCUCAAACCCUCCUUUCACACAGGGUUCCCCCAGCCCUGGUCAGUCCCCGUCUGCUGGCAGCAUCAGGGGUGAGCAGUGUGAAUAAAGGCGGUGUGGAGCCAAGCCCCACUGGCUGCUGCUGCUUCCUUGGGGUGUGAAUUUGGGAGGCCGGAGGAGGAGGGUCCCUGGAGCAGGGGAGGGAGUGGCCGGUCUGGGGCCUGGCAGGAGCCCUGGGCUGACCCCAAGGGCCUGCUCAGCCCUGCCCGGCUGGAAGCAGGUGCUGCCACUGCCCACUGGCUGGCUAUGCUACUUAGUAUGAUGCUGAGUUUGGGGGGUCACCAGCAAGAAGGGCUUCCUCUAGGUCCCAGGUCUCUUCAGAGGAGGCUGAGAGUCACGGGGGUGGGGCCGGCAGAGGGCGUCUGCAGAUGGAGCCCCCAAGCUGUGCUGCUAGCGCCUUCAGGAAACUGAAGCAGAGAGGGUGUCCUUUGGGGGGAGGAGAGGGGGGGGCGGUUUGUGGGAGGCUGGCACUUAGCCUUGGGCAAGUCACGUGACCUGCUUUGCUCCCAGGCAUCUUUUACACCCAUGAGAAGUUAGUGACAUCCGCCCCCACCGCCUUGGGAGUAACAGAUGCCUGCUGUCCUGCUCAAUAGCUCCUGCUCAGGGUCUGGGAUGAGGACGGCCCUUCUGGCUAGUUGGGCCCCCUGGCUUCUGGGACCUGAAACAAUGAAUUUUGUGAUUUCACUUCCUUGGUGGCGAUGUAUUGAAACUUGUUUAGUUGCUAAGUUGUAUCCUACUCUGCGACCCCAUGGGCUGUAGCCUGUCAGGCUCUUCUGUCCAUGGGAUUUUCCAGGCAAGAAUACUGGAGUGGGUAGCCAUUUCCUUCUCCAAGGGGUCCUCCAGGCGAUCUUCCUGACCCAGAGAUUGAACCCGCAUCUCUUACGUCUCCUGCAUUGGCAGGGAAGCCCAACUGCCUUCAAUCAAAAGGACCCCAUGGGUUUCACUUCCCCAGAGUGGGAGCUGGAUGCUGAGGGCGCUGUCUGCUGCCCCCAGUGUGGGUGGCUUGUGCCCCCCCUCACUUAGCAGUUCACAGUCUGCACAAUCUUAGUUCAGUAAGCCAGCUCCAGCCUUGGCCUCUCAAAGCACAAGGCCCCCCACCUUACCAGUAACCUCAGUUCUCCCCUACGUUGAUUCCAUGUUUCCUCCAAAGCCUGUCCCAGGCCCGUUCUCCAUACAAGGACUUAAUGGAUAUCACCUAAGUGGGCACAGAUCUGAUUGUGGGGUCUGAGGCUUACACAGUUUUGAGUGUGCUUGAUAAGAAAACUUAAAGUGAAUAAAAAUUAGAUAUGAAAGAAUAUUUAGAAUG